AUGAACAUUCUUAAACAAAUCAAGACAGCUUUUCUCGACAUCAAAACCCCAAUUCUUUCUGAACCUCCUGACCGUAAUUUCCCCACAAAUUACCCAUGGAAAUUUUUUGUUCAUGGAAAAAAUUAAUUAAAUAAUCUUUUAUGUCUAAAAGGAUAAAAUUUAUUUAAGAAAAAAAUAUAAUUAAGGAUUAUUCUUUGCAAAAUUAUGAAACCUAAAUUACCAUAAAGCUGGUAUUUUGUCGCCAAAAGCCUGCUUUACUAAUAAUGAACUACAAAUAAACUCUGCAAAAGAGCUUUCUCGAGAAGAGGAAGAGCAAGUUGUAAGAAAGCUGGACAAAAUCAAAGACUGUAACGAGUAUUAUUGAGUUGAAGCUCAGUGGGUUAGAGAUUGAGCAAGUUAUAUUCACGGGGCAAAUAGUCCUGGGAAACUUAAAACAGCCAAACUAAAAGAGAUAGCAGGCUCUAUCAAAAAAGAUCUGAGGAUUGGGAUCGAUUAUCGGGCUCUUAAUAAAGAACAAUGGAUUUUUUUAUCGCAAAAAUACGGAGCAGAAGCACCUGUCAUAUCAAACUCCCCUAUCUAUUUAGAAACAAAGCCUGAAGAAAUAGAACCAGACGAGCCGGCUACCCCAAGAUUUGACGCCACAAACUUAAAAUUGCCUACAAGUGUCAGAGACUCCGAGCACCCCAAAUCAGAAAGAAAUUCCUCAGAAGGCGCCACCCUUCUUACAACAAGAAAAGAGACCUUAGAAGUCCCUAUUAUAGAAGGAGACACAAGCAGCCCAGCUACAGAAGCUGACGAACUUGAAGUAAAAUCUUCUAAUGAAUCUAUCACUAGAAGUACUUCUAAUACUGUAAAUGACUCUGAAUUUAGUUUUCAGUCCUCAAGCUCACUUAAAGUAAGGUCUGGCAGGGUGGGAUUAGAAAAUCCAGGGCUGUUUUGCUACAUGAAUUCGGGGCUGCAGCUGUUAUUUAGCAUUCCAGAACUUAAGGAAAGCUUGCUGCAGCUAAAUACAGAAUUUUCUGAAAAUAAUGUAGCAAGCAUACUGGGGGAUAUUUGUAAACAAAUUUUUUUGGGAAAGGCAAAAAAAGUCAGGCCUGAGGCGCUUUGGAAAUAUAUUAGUGCUUACUUUCCUUUAAGUAGGCAGCAUGACUUGCCGGAAUUUUUGAGGUUUAUUGUGAAUAAGCUAGAGACUGAGCCUCCAAUAAUUCCACAAAUUUUUAACGGUCUGACCUGCAGUAAAAUCACUUGUAAUAACUGUUUCCAAGUCUCAAGAAAAUAUGAACCUUUUAUUGAUCUCCAAUUUGAGCUCAGCUCAUCAAUCGAAAAAAGCUUUAUUUUGUUUACAAAAGAAGAGCGUCUCACUGCGAAUUAUGACUGUGAAGCCUGCAAUGAAAAAUCAGAAGUCUCCAAACAGUUCAAAAUCUCCAAGCCUCCUUCAUAUUUACUAAUCCAAGUAUCCUUAUUUAUUAUGAAUUUUUAUAUCAGAAAUUUUAUUUUUUUAUAAAAAUUUAUUAUAAAUAAUUUUUGGUAUAAAAAGAUUCAGGCAAAUUCCUUAUCCUCAUAAAGUAUCAUCUACUUGUAAAUAUAAGAAAAGAAUGAGCAUUGAAGAAUUUUCUUUAGAAAAAGCUGAAUAUGAGCUGCUAGGGGUGGCUGUACAUAAUGGGUCGAUUGAUAAUGGGCACUAUUUAGCUUACUGCAAAAGAGGGCACUCAUGAUUUUUAUAUGAUGACGCGAAAUGUACAAAAGUCUCGCUGAAAGAAGUUUUGAACUUAAAUGCAUAUGUGCUGCUUUAUAAAAAGGUUGAGACAAAUUAA